AUGUCAAUUGUUAUGUCUUCAAAAAACAAGGAUCAACUUCUGCUCGAUGGUUUUCGUUAUCGACGUGCCAAUAAAUCUAAAACAAUUUGGCGCUGCUGUAAAAAUAGUUGUGCAGGUCGUGUAUGUUUUAAUGGUACAACAUAUGAUAAAGUUACUGAUCAUAAUCAUGCGUCAAAUCCUGAAGAAAUAAUAUCAAUGGAGUCUAAAUCAAAUAUCAUCAAGAGUGCAACAACAUCACAUGAUCCACCUCGACGUAUAAUUCAUGAAGCUUUACUGAACGUUAACAAACAUGAUGGAACAGCUGUUCCAAAUUACUAUUCAUGUCAACGUACUAUAGAACGAAAAAGAAAGAAAAAAGACAUACCUUUACCAAGACCAACUUCACUUGAUGAAGUUCAUAUUCCUGAUGAACUUCAAAUAACUAAUUGUGGUGAUCGGUUCUUGUUAUAUGACAAUCAAGAUGCUAAUGACAGAAUAAUCAUACUGUCUUCAGACGAUGACCUAGAUCGUCUAUCAAAUUCAGACUCAUGGCAUUGCGACGGAACGUUUAAGAUAGCGCCUCAUUUAUUUCACCAAUUGUAUACCGUUCACGGUCGUUUUUGUGCACGUACACUACCAUUAGUUUAUUGUAUUUUAUCUGGAAAAUCUGAAGAUAUUUAUCACAAAAUGUUUGACGUUGUACUAAAUCAUGUUUCUCAAUGUCCUUUAUCAAUAACUGUUGAUUUUGAAAAAGCUGUACACAACGUGAUCAAACAAAAACUACCUCAAACAAAACUCAAUGGUUGUUUUUUUCAUUACAAACAGUGCCUGUGGAGGCACGUACAGACUCUCGGGUUGCAGGAACCUUUUAAUAAUGAUCGUCAAGUUCAGCAUUCUUUAAAAAAAUUUGCCUGUCUUGCAUUUAUACCUGAACAAUUUGUAAUAGAAGAGUUUGAAAAAUUACAAGCUGAUGCUCCUGAUUUAAUUGAUGACUUUGUGGAUUACUUUGAAGAAUAUUUUAUCGGUCGUCUUGUUCGAAAUAAUCGACGUCGAGCUCCACGUUUUCCUAUAGCUAUAUGGAAUUGUUUUUACCGUUUGGAUCAACAACAAGCACGUACAAAUAAUGGAAAUGAGGGUUGGCACAGAGCCAUUUUAAAUUCUGUUCGUCAAAGUCCAUCGAUUUAUGAGUCUAUUGCUGAUUUAAAAAUGGAGCAACAUGGUACAUUUGUAAUGGCUGAACAAUUACAAACUGGUCAAGUAAAACUCAAAAAACGAAUCAAGUACGAGUUGUUAGAUGAACAAUUACAACAAUUAGUGUCUACAUUUGAUUCUGUAACAAGAGACUUAUACUUUAAACGAGUACGUUCUCUCUUCAAUUUUUGAUAUGAAAAUAAAUUUAUUCAAAUAAAGAAAUAUUUUCUUGGGCUUAUCCUUUUUUCUUUACUUCGGGCUCAACUGUCGGGAGCUCAUCUGUCGGGAGCUCAUCUGUCGGUGGGCUCAACUGUCGGUGGGCUCAACUGUCGGGGGCUCAACUGUCGGGGCUCAACUGUCGGGAGCUCAACUGUCGUGUCACCAUUAAUCAGUAUUAACAAGCAGCUUCUCUUCAAUUCAUUUUUUCUAUGCCAAUUCAUUAAAAUGUAUGAUAUAUCUGUGUUAAAACGCAUUAACUUCUGUAAUUUCUUUGCAUACAGACGUUAAAACAUGUUCAUUACUCUAAUAUCUUCGUUAAAUUCGUUAAACGGAAAAUAACCGUUUUCACGCGUUUAUUUCUUGCAUUUCUCUAGUAAACGAGUUUUAUAGCGUUGUUUUCUUCAAUUCGCAUCGUCAAUGCAUCAAAACAGCGUUUUGCCAUUUAUCUGUCUGCAUGGGUAUAUGCCGCAGGCAGAAUUAAACUUAGACAGAAUUCGUUUCAGUAGGCGCGAAACAGCGAAAUGUUUUUAUUGAUUGUUGUUCUAAAUAUCAACAGGAAAAAAUAACUAGUUAUUUGUUUACUUAAGUUGAAUAAUUAUGAACUUGUUUAAUUUUUAAAUAAAUCAAAUAAUAAAAUAUAUCAGUAACAACAUAGAUAAAUUAAACAAGUCCAUAAUGAUUCAGUUUAUUAUGAUACUUAAUC